GUUCAUGACAAAUAGGAAGGAAUUUAUCCGCCCCAAGAGGUUUGGUGAAUAUGUCAGCCCACUGCAUAUCAGUGCUAAUGAAUUCUAGACUUAUCUUACCUUCUUGAACUAAGUCACGAAUAAAAUGAUAUCGAACUUCGAUAUGCUUAGUCCGAGAAUGUUGGAUUGGAUUUUUGGUCAUGUUGAUAGCACUUGUGCUGUCACACAUAAUAGGUAGAGUACCAACCACUAGACCAUAGUCUUGCAAUUGGUAUUUCAACCAUAGGAGUUGAGUACAACUGAGUCCAGCAGCAACAUAUUCUGCCUCAGCAGUUGAUAGUGCUACUGUACUCUGUUUUUUACUAGCCCAAGAUAUCAAGGAAGUUCCUAGAAAAUGGCAAGUACCUGAGGUACUUUUUCUAUCAACAGUGCAUCCAGCAUAGUCUGAAUCACUGUAACUCACGAGUUCCAAACUAGAAUCACAUGAAUACCAUAAUCCUAAGUGAGAAGUACCACUUAGAUAUCUAAAAAUCCUCUUAACUGCUGUCAAGUGACUCAUUUUAGGAUUCCCUUGAAACUUUGCACAGACACAGACGCUGUACAUUAUAUCUGGUCUACUGACAGUCAGAUAUAACAAGGACCCUAUCAUUCCACGAUACAUUCUUUCAUCAACAGGAAUUCCAGUUUCAUCUGUUGUUAAUUUUACUGUUGAACCCAUUGGUGUUAAAGCAGUUUUAAGAUUAUCAAGCUUGAACUUUUUUUAGCAUGUUGAGAAGAUAUUUGGUCUGACUUAUGAAAGUUCCUAGCUUAGUCUGUUUAACUUGCAGCCCUAGGAAGUAAUUUAGUUCACCCAUGAGACUCAUUUCAAAAGCACUUUUCAUAUCAUUUUCAAAUUCUUUACACAGAGCAGUGUUUGUGGAACCAAAGAUGAUAUCAUCCACAUAAACUUGAACUAGCAAGGUAUGAGAGUUUUCAUUUUUAAUGAACAAUGUUUUGUCAACUGCUCCUCUAUGAAAUCCUUUGUCUAACAAGAAAUGACUCAAUUUUUCGUACCAAGCUCUAGGAGCUUGUUUGAGUCCAUAUAAAGCUUUGUUUAGCUUAUAGACAUGAUAAUCGGCUUCAAUAUAUCGGAUUCUUGAACUUUGUGUGACUAUCCCAUGAUAUGUUUAAGCCGAUUGGUGCUAUUUUAGGGCUCGCUAACUGGGAAUGGUUGAAAAAACAUUACUGCCUAGUGCCAUGAGUUUGAUGUAUUAUAGGUGAAGAAAGCACCAAAAAAAAUGAGAAAUUGUACGGGCAAGCAAUCGGGCUCGAAUCAUUGGUGGAAUAACAAUUGGACAUAUGAGGAGCUUAGUGCGUGGAAACUUCUGAACCGGGACGGAAUUAAUGGAACUGGGAAGUUUAAUUGAAGGUGGGCUUAAAGCCCACAAAAACUUGAUUUUGUAGGCGAGAAAUCUUUGGUGGAAUUAAUGGGCGGAACAGCAGGGGCAUUUUAUUUUUAUUUUUUGGCCCAGAUCCGUGGCCAUGGAAAAGGGGAAGAAGGGAGUUGGAUUUGGGCGGAGAUUCUUCUGGGGACUAAUUGUGGGCGGCUGCCUUUUCUUGGAGCAGGUCGAAGAGGGGAGGCAAUUAAUUAAUUUUUGGGAGGAGGAAGCAAUUUUGGGGGGGGACAGAACUCUUUGGAAAAAAGCAAAAAGGGAAUUCUCGAGAGAACUAGCGAGGGGAGCAGCAGCGAAUUGGAGAGUCUUUCUUUUUGGUUUUGCGCGGAAUUCUUUUGGGCCGAAGGAAAGCAAAGAGCAGCGUAGCGAGCAGGCGAUUGAGCAAUCGGCAAUCGACUUCUCCCAAGGCGGUUUAAGCUGAGUUCAACGAGAGCGAUUAGUUGGUUGGAUUCUCUGAACUGAACUAGUUGUUUAUUGUUGAUUUAGAACAUGAUGAUCAAAACCCUAAUGUUUUAUCUUAAUUUCGUCAUGAACUAAUCCCCAAUUUCUGGGGGAAACACCAUAGGAUGUAGCUAUUUCUUGAUUUGAUGGAUUGAUUCAUGAUUCUUUUCCUCCAACCUCUAUUGCAUGAAAUUACUUAAUGCUUUGUGUUGACUGGCCACCAAUACAACGAUUUGUAGUUAAUUAGGUUAUUAGCGACAGUGAAACCCUAAUAACUGAACCUAUUUCAUGUGACAUAGUAACUUAUCGAAGCGACAGUGGAUUAAAUAAGAUGCUAUGCGGUCUUGAUUGGGAUAUCGUUCUUCAGGCUAAAUAAUUAACUCAUUGAGCUACGACAGUAGGAUUUGAUUUAAUUGUUUAGUACGUAGUAAUUCCCAACAGGGAUAGCUAGCACAGUGGUGAUAUCCUGGAUGUAGAGAUAUGGAUUAAAUUGAUUGGAAUAUGUGAAUAAAUUUUGAUAUGAUAGGUAGUGAGUCCCGGUGUUUCUCCCAGAGUUUUCUCCCAUUGAGUUCAACCCGACAAUUUUAAUUUGCUUAUUUUGUUUAAUUGUUUUGCCAUUAGAUAAUAGUUUCAUCACUCAAAUCAUUUUCACCUAUAGUUUGCUCCAUAGAAUUGAUAGAAUAUAAGGUUGUACCAGUCCCUGAGAGACGAUACCCGGACUUUCCGGUUUACUACGAGAUAGGAAAUUGGCAUAUACGCUUUUGCCCUAUCAAGACAUGAUCUGGAAAUUCAUAGUCUUCAAACCCAGGUGGUUGUGACACAUAGACUUCCUCUUUUAUAUCCCCAUUCAAAAAAGCACUCUUUACAUCCAUUUGGUAUAGUUUGAAACCUUUAGAUGCAACAAAAGCACAUAGUAACCUUAUAGCUUCUAACCUUGCUACUGGAGCAAAGGUUUCCUCAAAACCUAUACCUUCUUCCUGAUUAUAUCCUUCUGCCACUAAUCUUGACUUAUUUCUAACAAUCUUUCCUAUUUCAUCAGAUUUGUUUCUGUAGAUCCAUUUAGUUCCAAUAAUGACUCUGUUCUCUGGUUUUGGAACUAGUUCCCAUACAUUGUUUCUUUUAAAUUGGUUCAUUUCCUCAUGCAUUGAUGCAUUCCAGUAUUCAUCAUCUAAGGCUUCCUUAACAUUCUUUGGUUCAAUGAGUGAUACAAAUGCAGUAUGAACAUCAGAGGUUUUGGAUCGAGUGAUAAUACCUUGUUCUAUGUUGCCAAUGAUCUGAGUAGGAGGGUGACGUUUUCUUAUGUGAGGUGGAGCUUGGCGCUCUCAUUCCCUCAUUUCCUUGUUCAGUUCUCCCUCUGUGUCAUGAUCUUCAGCCACAUUCUCCUUUUGAUUGUCUUCUGAAUAUGUUCUUCCAAGACCAAAGUCCUCUGUUUCAUCUAAACUGUCUGCACACUCACUUGAAGACUCAUCAAAAAUAACAUUUAUGGACUCCU